UUUACUGAUAGUGAUAUUUAAUUUUGUUUGUAGCGGCGAAAGUAGGUGAAACUCUUUUUUGAAUAUUGAAAAACUAAUUGAAUAGUAGGCCUUAUAGCCACUGUAAACCAUAUUAUCUUAAUAAUCCAAAAAUGUAUGCGUUCAUUUUCUUUCCAUUUCAAUAGUGUAGGACUUAAUUCCAUAAUAAAUACCAAAUAACAAUUAUGCAUGAAACGUAACUGAUGAAUGUCAAAAUAACAUUUGUGUGUAGUUAAUUCAUAGACAAGCAUGAUAUACACAAACUUUCGGUCAUUAUGAGCUGUGUUGAAUCGACUCUCAGAUAAAAUAUCAUAUAUGCAUAGUCAGACGCCAUUAUGAGUGAAUAAACAGGUCAUAUUAAUUCUUACAGACUUAUAUAUACUACGAGGAUAACAGUUUUUAAAUAUGUUGUGUGACUUAUAAGUAUUCUGAAGUAUAUAUUCGGGUAAUAAAGAAUAUCUAGAUGUCAUCUUGUGUAGAAAUUUUAACUGAAUAAAAUGCCUGUCAGGGAAUUUUUAAUGGAGGAAUCUACACCACUUAUAUCAAAUAGCUCAUCAUUUGAACAUGGAAAGUAUGAAACAGAAUUAAAACAUCAUGAAACGAAAGAUGACACAGAUGAUAUUGUAACGUUUAAAGGGAAUUUGUUAAAAACAGAAGUGGUAGAAUAUGAAAUUUUCACAGCGUCUGGAAAUCAUAUGGUUACAAAACCAGAAGAAAUUUCAACUGGAACGACAAAUACAGAAUGCCUAAUGCAUCUUUUAAAGUGCAUGAUUGGAACUGGGGUCAUGGGACUUCCGAUGGCUUAUAAAAAUGGUGGAUUGUGGAUGGGACUGGCUGUUGUGACACUGAUGGGAAUAAUUUGUACACACUGCAUGCAUAUUCUUGUACAGUCCGAGAACGAAUUAUGUGCCAGAACAAAGAUUAAAGGUCUUGAUUAUGCAAAUGUUAUGUCCACAGCAUGUGCUACUAGGAAUGAUUGGCUGAAAAACUGGAGCAAAAGUUCUGAGAAUCUGGUGAAUACGCUGUUAGUGAUAACACAGCUUGGAAUCUGUUGUACAUAUAUUGUGUUUAUCACCGACAAUAUGAAACAGGUUUUGGAAACAGCUGGACUAACGGUGUUGGACUCCAGAGUUUAUGUUGUGAUAAUUACAGCUCUUAUUGUACCUCUUGUGAUGGUGAAGAAAUUAAAAACACUAGCACCAUUUUCAGCAUUUGCAAAUGUCUUAAACUUUAUCGGAUUCUUGGUAAUUUUGGUAAAUUUGUUUCAAGAUUUACCAGACACUAGAGAACGCCCAGCUGUUGCUGAUAUUGAGACCAUUCCGCUCUUUUUUGCUCAAGCUCUGUUUGCAUUUGAAGCCAUUGGCAUGGUUUUACCGUUGCAUAUGAAAAUGAUAGACAAACCAGCAUUUCUUGGUAAAGCAGGUGUUUUAAAUCUCGGAUUAACUAUAACGGUAGCGUUAUAUAAUGCUGUCGGUUUCUAUGGUUACCUUAAAUUUGGAGAGGAUACCCAACCGAGCAUAACUGUGAAUUUACCGUCUGACGAUUGGUUAUACCUUUCUGUGAAAGUAGUGUUUUCUGUUUCGGUAUAUAUCACAUACCCACUACAGUUUUAUGUUCCAGUCACAAUUCUAUGGUCUAUUAUUGAAAACAAAGCCAAAGAAAACGGGAAAAUGGUACCAAAACAUAGUGAUUAUCUGUUUCGAUUUUCACUUGUUUUACUGACAUGUGGUUUAUCUGCAUUAAUACCUCAUCUAGAUCUCCUUAUUGCAUUAAUUGGAGCUUUUGCUGGUACGUUUUUAGCAAUAAUUCUUCCAGCAGUUAUAGAACUUUUGACCUUUCAAUGUCGUCUGCAAGUUUGGAUAAAAAACGGGCUUAUAAUUUUUGUAGGACUAACUGGAUUUACAACAGGAACGUACACCAGUAUUCUUGAAAUAAGUAGAACAUUUUAGACACGUAAAUGUGAAUCAAUGGUUACAGAAUAGCACAAUAUGAUAAAGUGAAUGAUUUGUGGUAUGCAGCGUACUAAUGCUACACAGAUUGGAUAUCAAGCAGCAAAAUGAUAUAUCACCGAAACAAAGAAUAAAACCGAUAACUUAUUAAAUUAAUUUACAUGUCCACAGGAUACGCAGUGGACCUUAUAAUGGAAUAGAGUGAUAACCUUUCUUCGUAGACAUAGCAAGGUUUAUUUGUACAAGGUAUAUUGACUGAUUCAGUCAUGAUAUAUAACUUAUAAAUAACUUUACAAUAGAAUACAUUAGUUUAAUCAGAAAAACAUUGCAAUUAAGAAAACAAUAAAGAAUACCACAAAAUAGAUGUGCAAGUUUACAACAAUAACAAUGGAACACAUUGUAGCUGAUGAGCAUUCUUUCGAUCUGUUUUCUUAAUCAUUUUGUAUACAUUUACAUAUCAUAGUUUUAGAAGGUUGUGCAAUUUAACUUAUUGAUAACAGUGCUACUUAGAAUACUGAAAUAUUUAGUCGUUUUAGGCUAAUAAUAAAAAGCAGUUACAUUAAAUAAAAUCGAAAAUUGUUUAAACAUUGUUGAAAAUGUUCAGUAGAAUAAAACGUUUGAUAUGUUAAUAAUUAUAACAACAAUGAACAAUAAACAAAUGUUAA